GGUAGGAAGCGGUUCUGUUGCAAUCCUUUCAAUAAAACUGGUCACUCAAAUUGGCGAAAAACUACGAAGCUCUUACGAAGGUUACACCAGAGCUUAUUGCAUAUUUUAAAUCGAAUUGUUUUUAAAAUGUUCCCGAUUCCACUGACAAAAUAUGCACAACAUGUUGUUUGAAGGUCACCCAUCUAAAAAAGAAUCAAUUUUGUCAGCCUACAGAGGUGGAGGAAGACGACCUGGAACAAACGAUAGAAGAUUUGAAAGAACCAGCACCGAUCGAAUGUUUAGAAGCAGAAUCGUCGAUCGAAGUUUUGAGAGAAGUGCCAUCAAAGAAGAAGGCUUCCACACCAUGAUUAAAGUUUUAUCUAGCCUUGGAAUCCAGUCCAUCAGAGUACCGGAGCUACGACGAGAUAGCGUGCGCGUUGAAUUGUUCAAACAGGCUGUGAACUCACUCAAACAAAUAUUGAAGGUGGAUUGCCCUGUGUACUAUCAAGACACAGAUGUUCCUAUUGUAAGAGAUAUUAUUGAUAAUUAUGGAAUAUCAACCAAAUCAGAAAAGUUCCAAAUUCUAACUUUGCUAGCGUCCUCCUGGAGUAGACAAAAAAUGAUUGAUGUAACCGGAUGUAGUAAGUGGUUUGCUGCAAAAUCUCUGAAGGUUCGUGACACGAAAGGAAUUUUAAAAUUACCAGAUACAUGUAUCUCGCUAUCAGAGUCAGAAAGGAAAGCUCACGCGGAAGCAACUCAAUUUUUUCACGAUUGUACUACUACGAUGCCAGGUAUUAAAGAUACAAUCAGUGUUAGAACCUCUAGUAAACGUGGAACCAGACAAAAACGUUUGCUUUUGGGAUCUCUGAACGAAAUUUUCGCCAAUUUUAAAGAUUUAUUUCCGGAUUCUAAGAUUGGUUUUACGAUGUUCGCCAAGUUUCGACCACCGGAAUGCAUACUUUCUGGAAGCUCUGGUACACAUACAGUGUGUGUGUGUGCAUGAAACAUGAGAACAUUGACUUAUGCUUAUGUGCUAUAAAAGCAUUACCAAUGCUGAAAGAUAUUUCAUUGAACCAGUUGAUUAACAAUUUCUUGGCAUGUAAAAGUCCAUCACCAAAAUGUUUCUCUUUGGAAUGUGACAAAUGUCCGAACUUAUGUGACUUAAAUUGCUGGACGGAAUCGAAAAUUUCCCCGUUGAAGUUAUAGAGUUCAAAAACUGGGUUCAAGUCGAAAACCAUUAUCAACUAGUGGACAAGAACUGCGAACCAGAAGAGUUUGUCGAUACCUUCAGAAGAUUGCUAAAUGGAUGGCUGUGAUGGCUCACUUCUUUAUCACAAAGGUAAAUAAGCAUAAAGUUUCAUUGGGCAUACUAUAACAUAUAAUAUGUAUACAUCCCACAGGCACAGAAAAACUACCUACUCGAUCUGAAAUCUACUUUCCAACAAAACGAGGUUAUCGUUCACGCCGAUUUAGCCGAAAACUAUAAAAUUAUCAUACAAAACGAAAUACAAUCUCAUCACUUCGCCAGACAAAUGGCGACCAUUCACCCAUUUGUAAUUUACUAUUUGGAAAAUGGGAGGUUAGAGCAUUAAAGUUUAAUCAUAGUAACACCUAUUCUCGACCACAACUAUGUGCUUGUUCACUGUUGCUUCAAUAAAUUGUUUAGUUACAUGAAGAGAAAUCUGCCACACGUAUCAAAUACGCAUAUUUUCUCUGACGGUGCUGGAAGUCAAUACAAAAAUAAGUAUAAUUUUACAAACAUUACGUU